AUGGAUAAUAUAAAUAGAAAAAGCGACCAAUGAAAUUUGCGGAGCCAUAAAAAAAACAAGUCUCGUUUGCAAAUCAAAGAAACGAAGAAAACGACAAGUAGAAGGUGGGAGCUUCGGCUUUGAAUUUGAUCCUCUAAUCUGUAAUUUGUAAAGAAGAUCCUCAAAAUCCAUUCUCUCAAAACCUGCUUCCGACUCUGCUUCUACUUCGCCUCCUCUGUAGUUGCUCAUCCAUCGCUGAAACCAGCUCAAAUUCCUCGAUUCCCAAGAUCUGUAAAUCGAGAACAGGUUUUCUGGAUCGCAGAGUCGUCUUCAUCAAUCAAUAUUUGAGUUUCCACAGAAGAGGAAGCUUCACUGCGUAAAAAUGGAGGUGGGAUUGAUGCAGAGAGAGUGGGUUCAGUAUAUAAAAUCCUUGCUCAACGAGGGUACUCUGGAUAGUCAGUAUUUGCAGCUUUUGCAACUGCAAGAUGAGAGUAAUCCGACUUUUGUUUCUGAAGUGGUGACCCUUUUCUUUGAAGAUACUGUGGAGCUUCUUAAUAAACUCUGUUGGGCUGUAUCACAGCCAAGCGUGGACUUCAAAAAGAUUGAUGAUCAUGUACACCAGCUGAAGGGCAGCAGCUCCAGCAUAGGUGCACUUGGAGUGAAAAAUGUCUGCAUUACCUUCCGGAGUGCCUGCGAGCAACAGAGUACUGAUGGAUGUGUGAGAUGCCUGCAACAAGUACAGCAAGAAUUCUAUGGCGUGAAGGAGAAGCUCGGUUAUCUAUUUGCACUGGAAAAGCGAAUUUUGGAUGCUGGUGGAUCGAUUCCGAUGGACUUCUAAAAUCGACUGUUACUGUGGAGUCCCUGUGGAGUCUCUUUUCUCUUGUUCUUUAGGUUCUCAAAUUGACUGUUUCUUGUGCUUUGUACAAAUUUGAAACCUUUGCCCUUUUCACUCAGAACAUCCUUGUUUUCUACAGCUUCUUUUGACUUUCCAUUUUUCGCAUCUGUUUGAGCUGAAUUGUCUGUAUUGCAAAAAGUCCUAGAAGAUUCUCUGGGUGAUUUCAACGAGGCAAAUCUUCUCUCUUA